UGGAGUUUUUGGGAGAGGUGGAACUAUUGAGAGAGGUGGAGUUGUUGGGAGAGGUGGAAAUGCUGAGAGAGAUGGAGUUGUUGGGAGAGGUGGAAAUGCUGGGAGAGGUGGAGUUUUUGGGAGAGGAGAAGGUGCUUGUAGAAGUGGAGCUGCUAUUAGAAGUGGGGUUCUUGGCAUAGGUUUGAAUGCUGGGAGAGGUAUCAAUACUGGUAGAGAUAGUCUUGCUGUGGAAAGUGGAACUACUGGAAGUGGCAUCAUAAUCAGCCCUGGCAAAAGGACCAAGUCAAGUGCUAUGAGGAAGCCAAACACUAUUAUUCAAGGAUCCACAUCUACCUCAAGAUAUGACUUCCCGCAAACCGUGUUCAGCCCCAAAGACGGAUUCUGAGAGUAGCUCAAACUCUAAUCUACAAUGAAUUACAGAAUCUAGUAAUCCCAAACUUAAAGGGAAAACAAUUCGUUUUCCAAUGGCUUUUGUUGGAUUUCACUCUUCUACAGGCAUGCAGGGUCAUCUUAAAUUUCACAUCAACAGUGCAAUGACUGGCCGUUUUGCUAUCCCCGACGUUAAUCGAUUUCAAGGUUUGGAUAUGUCUUUGAUUAGCAGAUCCAAGGAAUUGGCAUCCAUGGAUGCUCGUCGCAUGGCCUACCUUACUUGUGUAUUGCACCACAUCAUAAUGAGGAUGACUUCUUCCCACGGCCUUUGAUUGCCGAGAAUAUUGGGAACAAAUUUAUUAGAUGGGGGACAUCUUUGAACCCCAGAGGAGAGAUUUCAUAUCUUAAUGGAUUUUGGGAGUGGUCCAGACGGGUUGCUGGACUCCUUAAGGAUAGAGGCUUGGAGGAUUUAUCAUUAGCAGUCGAAGCAGCAACGAUGGAAUAUCGUCGUCCCCCUUCAGCAUAUCGGGCUUUAUGUGAGGUAUGGUGUCCUGAAACCAAUACCUUUGUGAAGAGGCAUGGAGAAAUUGACAUUUCUCUUUGGAAAAUGCGAGAUAUUUCUGGAUUGUCUAUACUUGGUGAUUAUUAUGAAGAGGUCAUUCCGCGUUUUAGGGAACUCACUGAUGGAAAUUCUCUUCCAAAUUCUUGUCUUCAUCUCUUUAAGGCUUUUCAGCAUAUAGCCGGAGAAAAGGAUACUGAUCGAAUCAAGCAUGCAGACUGGAUCAAUUUUUGGCUUAAUGGGGUUUCUCGGAAACCCAAUCCUUGAGGAGACUCGAAAUAUAAGAAAUUAUCAAAAUUGGGAAAGUAUGAAUUUCUAAAAAAUGGAACAAGAACAAAAGUGUGGAGGCCCAUAGUCAUUCCGAACCAAAGUGUGUCUUCUGAAGACAUCAGAGAUCUAAAAUGUUUACAGGAGUUAGAUCUUGAAUUAUCUACUACCAAGAUUGAUGAGUUGGAGAUAGCUACAUAUCUCUCUAUUUGGCUUUGUCGAUUUGUUCUUCCAUCAGGCGAUGACCACUUCAGACCUACAACUUUUAAAGUUGCUUCCCUGAUAGCUGCAGGUGUAAGAUACAGUUUGGUUCCACCUAUUUUAACGAGUAUUUAUAAAGGUCUUACACAAACGUUUUCUUCUGAUAGAAAAGAUCUUGGAAGAAUUACUCAAUCAUUUCCAGGGCAUUUUCUUUAUGGCUGGGUAGCAUUGCAUUUCCCUCACGGUAUAGUUGAUAUCAUUGACACAUCUUUUAGGCGUCCUACAUUUAGGAGAUAUUUUGGAGUUUUAAAUGUCUAUCAGUUUUGGGAGCCUAACAUGAUAGACUACAGAAAAAUUCUUCGUGGAGCCAUGGACUAAAAAACUUUAAGUGGAUAGCGAGUCAUCCUCCGAAACAAGUUGGUGACCAAACAGAUGUUGUAGACCUGUCAGAAGAGAUUCAAGAAUUUAUGAUGAGUAUUCGACCUAGCUAUUUACCAUGUCGUCCGGGGUCGUCAUACACCUUGGAAGCGUAUAGUCCACACCGAUUUUCAAGACAGCAUGGAUUCAAACAAAUCAGUCUUGGGUCUCCGAAUAUACAUUCUUUUGAAUUGAAUCCGAGUACCUUUGACAGUUGUUGGUUAUCUCUGACGAGAGUAGGGAGUAAGGCUAAGUUUCAUAUUCUGGGGCCUUGUAAUAAUAUGUGUGAUCAAAUUGAUCGAAAGUAUGAGAAUUUGUGGGACACCACAGUGGCUCCCAUAUUGCUUAACGUUUCUACUACUGUUUUGGAGACUAGUGAACGUGCUGAUUUUAAACUUGUUGAGAAUAUUGCAUCUACACUUUAUUGGAGGAAAAGAAAAGCUAGAGGGGAUGACUCCAUCCCAUUGCCACCGAAAGAGAAACCUCCCAUUGUGAAUUUAGACGUUCCAGAGGAACGUGUUUUAAAGAAAUCUAAAGCUGGACCUUCAAAGGCCAAGACAAAGAAAACUUUAGUUGAUGAAAUAGUGCCAAAGGUAAAGUCUGCAAUUGUUGCAGUUGCACCUGAAGGAGCACAUACUGACUUUAAGUCUAUCUUUGACUCUAACGAUAUACCACUAGUUAGGAGAUCUACUCGUUUACAUUCCGGAAAACAAAUUGAUCUUAAAACUAAUACCAAGGACAUCCCUGCGGAAGCAAAGAGUGAUAUGAAUCUCUCUCCAUGUUCUUGGAAUAAAGCUUUCGAUAAAAUUCCUAUAAGUGAGAUGAUUGGUGCCCUUGAGGGCUUUGCUGAUGAAGGUAGCUGAAAUGAUUGUCUAUUAGAUGAACUUCCUGAUAGUAUUGGAGGAGAUGUUAUUCCAUCCACACAUUCUUUAGAGAAUGAAAGUCUAAACUUGACAAAUGAUGGGGCUACUUCAGGGACAUUGGAUCGGAAAGUUUCCAACUCCAAAUCCCAACAAUUGACUGUUGUUUUAUCAGCAUCAGCGAACCCUGAAGAUAAGUCACCAAGUCUUCUAAAUGAGCAUGAAGAGAUGCUCUGUGAAGCAAUGACGGCAUAUCUUGAGAAGGAAUUUGACAAGGCAUUACGUGGAGGCCUAUCUGACUUGAGAGGAUGG